CAUCAUCCAAUCAACUUUACACACGGUAGAUAGUCAUAUACACAAUAAUAACCAUUACUGCUGUGUAAAAGUGUGGGAGCACUUGUAUCACAUCUUAUUGUGGAUCAGACACAAAAGAGAAGCGUGGAAGGGCAAAGAAGUGGAGUUUGGCUAUAGCUUCUCAUUGAAAAAGAAAUAUCUGCUAUUCUAAUCACCACCUCAUUGCGGCCUUGUUCUUGUGAUCAUGAAUGCCAACGGACAGUCUUCUUCCCAGAAAUACCUUGGUGUUACACCACCAAUCGCUCUUAAUGGACCGACAAAAAGAGACCUUGAGGUGACCGAAACACUGCUGGCGGAGUUGAAGAAAGAGGGAGUUUACGAAAGUGCAGAGGAGUCCAAAUUGAGAGAGACAGCUUUGAGUAAGGUGGAUGGAAUGGUGAAGGAAUUCGUCUAUCGUGCCUCGAUAUCUCGUGGACUUUCAGAAUCAAUCGCUUCCGGUUCAGGCGGUAAAAUUUUCUCUUUCGGUUCGUAUAGAUUGGGUGUACAUGGUCCAGGAUCCGAUAUCGAUACUUUAUGUGUAGUGCCAAAGCAUGUUCAAAGAGAAGACUUUUUCACGAUUUUCGAGCAAAUGCUACGUUCUCGCAAUGAUGUAACGGAAAUCACUUCAGUUCCCGACGCUUACGUUCCUCUGAUCAACGUCAACUUUAUGGGCGUCUUGAUCGAUUUCACUUUUGCUCGACUUGCACUGCCACGUGUUGAUGAUGAUUUGUCGCUGUUGGAUUCGAACCUACUCAAAAAUUUAGACGAAAGAGAUGUCAGAAGUUUAAACGGUUCUCGAGUGACGGACGAAAUCUUACGACUGGUACCCAACGUAGAAGUCUUCCGUUUGGCAUUACGAUGUAUCAAGCUAUGGGCGCAAAGAAGAGCAAUUUAUGCCAACAUUAUGGGCUUCUUGGGUGGUGUUGCUUGGGCUAUGUUGGUAGCACGUAUUUGUCAAUUGUAUCCAAACGAAGUAGCAGGUGCGAUCGUCAGUCGUUUCUUUUUGAUUAUGUAUCAAUGGAAUUGGCCCCAGCCAGUACUUUUGAAGCAAAUCGAAGAAGGACCUUUGCAAGUUCGUGUUUGGAAUCCCAAAUUAUACCCUCAAGAUCGAUCUCACAGAAUGCCAAUCAUUACGCCUGCUUACCCAUCAAUGUGUUCUACACACAACGUCACGCAAUCCACACAAAUGAUCAUGACGCAAGAAUUCAAACGAGCAGCUGAAGUUGUUGACCGGAUUAUCGUAGGAAAGGCAGAAUGGGGCGAGCUGUUUCAGAAGCAUGACUUCUUCCACAGGUACAAGUACUACCUUCAAAUUGUAGCAAGCAGUGGUAGUGCGGAUCUACAGCUGAAAUGGUCUGGUUUGGUUGAGAGUAAGGUUCGUCAAUUGGUGAUGAAGCUAGAGCUUGUUCCGACAAUGAUGUGCGCACAUCCAUUCAUCAAAGGUUUUGAUCAACAAAGCUUGUGUUAUGAUGACGAUGAAGUUCGAUCGGUUGCAACAGGCCAUGUACCGGAAGAGGUGGCAAAGCGAACGAAGCAAGAAGACCUGCCCAAAGAAGGAGAGCAAGGAGCGGAAGAAGCUGCUAAAGAAAAGGCAGAAGAAGCAAAGAAAGCACAAGAAGCAGGUCAUCGAAUGAUUUGGACGACAACAUUCUAUAUUGGCUUAAGUGUUGAACCUAAACAAGCUGCACAGAAUGGACAACCGGCUGCCUCAAGAAAGUUGGACAUCUCUUUCCCUACAACGCAAUUCACACAAAUGGUAAAGCAAUGGGAUCAAUAUGAUGAAAGUCAGAUGGGAAUCAGUAUCACACAUAUCAAAUGGAGCAAUUUACCCGAGUAUACAAUGGCAGGCGAUGCAAGACCACCAAAACAAUCUGGAAAGAGACCGAAGAAGAACAAAGAUGCUAAUGGGAAAGAAGGACAAGCAGGUGGUAAGGAAGGCGGAGCGGCAAAGAAGAGAAAACCUUCCGAACCUGCUGAGAAUGGUGAUUUACUUAAAGAGUCUACGAACGGCGUUGAGGGCUCAUCUAAUGGACUUUCUGAAGUUCCUGCACUACCCCUACAGCCUGGCAUGGGUGGAGAAGCAGAGUUACAACGUAUCAAAGAAGCAACUGGUGUCGUUCCAGAAGCAACAACGGUAACAUGAAUAAUGUUUUAAAGGACGAUUGCUUGGAAUUGUCAGAGCUACUUUUUUUCAUCUUGUUUUCCAAAUUGUGUUUUUAUAUAAUUUUUUUACUACCUCUUUUCAUCCGAGACACCACAUACCUUGUACAUCAUCAUAAUCUCGAGAAAUAUAAUGCAU